UAAGGAGAAUUGAAAUAAGGUUAACAAUGACAUAUUAAAAGUAUACAUUUAUAUUCAAAUUGUAUGGCCAUAUGAAGCUUAUAAUCAAGAUUAUAAGACUAUUUAUUAUGAGGCCAACAUCAGGCGAAACGUUAAGAGCUUGGAUUUUUUCCGCUCUAAUGGUACAUGGAGCAGUUGCAGGUAAUCCAGAUGCAAAACGGCUUUAUGACGAUCUCUUGAGCAACUACAAUAAAUUGGUCCGGCCCGUUGUUAAUACCACAGAUGUUCUUAAAGUUUGCAUAAAACUAAAACUUUCCCAACUUAUCGAUGUGAACUUAAAAAAUCAAAUAAUGACUACCAAUCUUUGGGUGGAGCAGUCAUGGUAUGAUUACAAACUGCGAUGGGAGCCAAAAGAGUAUGGAGGAGUUCAUAUGUUACAUGUACCAUCUGAUCAUAUUUGGAGACCGGAUAUCGUUCUCUAUAAUAAUGCUGAUGGUCAUUAUGAAGUCACACUUAUGACAAAAGCAAUAGUCUAUAGUAAUGGACUGGUGAUUUGGCAACCACCUGCCGUCUAUAAAUCGUCUUGUUCAAUCGAUGUUGAAUAUUUUCCGUAUGACGUACAAACGUGCAUCUUAAAAUUAGGAAGUUGGACCUAUGAUGGUUUUAAGGUUGACUUGAGGCAUAUGGAUGAGCAAUUGGGAAGCAACGUCGUGGAUGUUGGUGUGGAUUUAUCAGAGUUUUAUAUGUCUGUUGAAUGGGAUAUUCUCGAGGUUCCAGCUGUAAGAAAUGAAAAGUUUUACACUUGCUGCGAUGAACCUUACCUGGACAUAACAUUCAAUAUAACAAUGAGAAGAAAAACUCUUUUUUACACUGUUAACAUAAUUAUACCUUGUAUGGGGAUUUCAUUUUUGACUGUGCUCACCUUCUACUUGCCAUCUGAUAGCGGAGAAAAGGUUACGUUAUCAAUUUCCAUUUUGAUUAGCCUUCAUGUGUUCUUUCUUCUGGUUGUCGAAAUCAUACCUCCGACAUCGCUGGUUGUACCUUUGCUGGGAAAAUACCUAAUAUUUGCUAUGAUACUCGUUUCAAUAAGUAUCUGCGUUACUGUCGUCGUUCUUAACGUUCAUUUCCGUUCUCCGCAAACUCAUAGAAUGGCUCCCUGGGUAAAACGCGUUUUUAUUGAUUUUCUGCCAAAAUUUCUGUUUAUAAAGAGACCAACGUAUAAUUUUGAAACAAGUAAACUGCUCCUAAAGGAAACACAUGCAUGCUUUUACCCAUACUACUCGUCGACCAAUAUAGAUCGUCUUGUAUCUUCACGAUACACCCAUACACAAUCUAAGGAAGAGUUGUCGCAGAGCUUAACUGCCAAUGGCCCAUUUGGUGGAAGUUGUCAAGUUCAUGGCCCACUACCAACACUUACUAAUUGUAGCUCUGACGAUUUGGCAGCUGUUCCAGACUUGGAUAUUGGUUCUUCCGGGAUAAAAAGUCCAAUAUUAAACAACCCAGCAUUUUCACACUCUAAAUGUCCACCAAGAAUCCACAAAAGCUGUUUCUGUGUCCGUUUUAUAGCGGAGCAUACCAAAAUGCAAGAGGACUCAACAAAAGUAAAGGAAGACUGGAAGUACGUCGCAAUGGUUUUGGAUAGACUUUUUUUGUGGAUAUUUACGUUAGCAGUUCUUGCCGGAACAGCUGGGAUCAUAUUGCAGGCACCAACAUUGUACGACGACCGGAUUCCUAUCAUAGAGCAGAAAGACUUGGACUUUUCUGGAACAUCAGCUGGACGCUGUAGACCUCCACAAUAACAUUUAAAAAAAAAACGAGUGUUUACAAACUAAAAAUGUUUCAGAUAAUUGAAUCUGUUAAUAUUUAUAGUUUCAUUAUUUUCAUGCAUACAUAUAUUUUUGUGAGAACACAAUAUAUAUUGGCAUUAAUACUCUUUGGAUACUUUAAUACUAUUUUGGAUGUUAUAUGUGCUGCUUUAUUUAUCGGGGAUUCUAUGCUCUAUGCGAUUCGAUAUCACAAUGUCCAUCUGUCCGUGUGUCGGAGUCCACGAAUCACUGAUACUAUAGGAUUAAAGACUACCCGAUUUGAAAUUUAUUGGUAUGCUCUUUACUUUUUGACGAUAUAAAGUAUGCACAUAAUUACAGCUAGAGCCCUUGUGUAAAAGCAUAAUCCUUGAGAAUUUAAGUUAUUUGGCCAAAACAUUGACAAUUUCUUUUUAUGUACGUUCUACAUUUAAACAAUCUGGUGGGCUAGUUUCGGACACUGCAGAUCGAUCGUUUUUCUAUAAUCAUAGUAUAUUUUCAUACAAUUUCAAUUAUUUAUAGCUGAUGUUAUAUAACAUGCUGCAUUAUUGUUUUGCUACUAAAUUGCUUAUCUACAUAUAAGACAGACUUUUCAAGUUUUUGGGUAAAUUAUCUUCAGGAAAAAAUAGAUUUUUUAACAAUGACUUGUUUAUCAACCGGUCGUUUCUAUCGCAGGUACGUCAUCUUUUGAAUACAUAAAACUUCGAAAAAAACGAUCUCUGUACAUUUUGCAGAAAUAAACACUUUCUCUAGAUCGUUUAUUCUUUAAUGUACGUUGGAUCUUACAAAUAUUCAUUUAAAAACUAUAAAUACAGUGCCACUCAACUGAAUAGGUUCAGGAGUUUAAAAUUUCAAAAAGCACAUCUUUGAAUGUUUUUAACAUACAGAAGUAAUCAUGAGGUAUAAGUUAGUAUAUGGUAGUCCCACCAUGGCUUGAUAUUACUUCAUAUAUUCGAUCUUUUAAGGACAUGUAAUAAUUUUCUAGAACAUUGAUCGAUAUAGUUGCCAAUGCUGAUUUAAUGGCGUCAAUUAGGUUCUCAGUGUCUUGAAAUUGUCUUCCGCCCUCAUAUACUUUUCGAGACAUUUUGUGGGGUCGAAUAAUAUUAUUUUUCCAUUUUAAUUGAGAAAAAUUCAAUUUGGUUUUGCCAUUUUCUUUAUUUUAUAUUUUUCUUUCUAGUGUCAUACAUACAAACUUACACCCAUUUUUUUUAAUUAAAUGAAUUAUAGUUCAAACGCUAUGAAUCAGAAAUUUAUUGCAAAUUUUCUACGAUAAUACUACAAAAGCUGAUAACGAAAUUAGGAUAGCUACUAAAAUGAGCCAAAUCUACAUUUUUUACUCGGACUUACUUUCGGACUAUCCGAAACUGAACAUUUUUGUGCUUGCAAAAGACAAGAGUAAAAAAAAAUGAAAAAAACACCAACAACUUUUCAGUUAUGUGCAAUAUUCUGUAUACUGUUCGUAUUUUUGCAGUAAAAACAAGGCGGGGCUGUUCAAGUGAGCGGCUUAUUCAAUGUAUGUAUGUAUGCCAGUAGUAUGGAAAUAAAAUGCCGAGUGCUAGAGCUAUCUGAGCUUAUAGUUAUUAAAUUUGUACACAAUGUUAGCGAUUAAAUACUAAUGGAAAUGA